AUGCCUACAAGAUCCUCCUUUGCCGACAUUCAUAUUCCUAAUGUCGACCUUUGGGGGCUCAUGUUUGAGCAGCCUCGAGAUUUCUCUGACUCCCAAGUGAUAUACCGCUCCGUUGAUGCUACACGUCAAUAUACGUGGAAGGACGUCAGGGAAGCUGCAACGGCAUUUGGGGGAGGACUUCGGAAUCUAUGGGACUGGCAAAAGGGGGAUGUCCUCAACAUCUUUGCACCGAAUGAUGUCGAUUUCGCCGCCAUUGUCUACGGCGUGUUUUAUGCGGGCGGCAUCGUGUCCCCAGCAAACCCAGCAUAUUCGGCCGAGGAAUUAUCCUUCCAGCUAACCAAUUCCGGUUCCAAGGCCAUCGUCACCACGACGGACUUCCUGGCGACAGCCUUGAAGGCAGCAAAACAAUCCAACAUCCCGCAGGAUCGUGUAAUCUUGUUAGGCAACGGACGAGACGCCUCCCAUGGAAUCAAGCACUGGACUAGUAUCCGCAAGACAAGCGGGUCGAGCCGUUACCUUGGACGGAAAAUGGAUUCCGACAAAGAUCUCGCAUUCCUCGUGUACAGUUCAGGGACAACCGGGCUCCCGAAAGGGGUAAUGUUGAGUCAUCGCAAUAUCGUUGCCGAUGUUCUCAUGGUCAAAGGAGCCGUCGGGAAAUGGUAUUCGAGUGGACGAGAUAAAAUCCUGGGAGUGUUGCCUUUUUUCCACAUAUACGGGCUCACCGGUCUCGUCCAUCAACCACUACACAGGGGCAUCGAGUUGGUGGUUAUGCCAGCCUUCAACCUGGAGGUAUUUUUGAGAGCCAUCGAAGAGCACAAAAUCACCUUUAUCUACGUGGCACCACCCGUCAUCGUGCGGUUGGCUCGUGACAAAGUGGUGGACAGAUAUGACCUCAGCAGCAUCCGGAUGAUUACGAGUGGAGCGGCACCUUUGACCCGGGAACUUGUUGAUGCGCUGCAUAAGCGAUUGGACAUCAAGAUCAACCAAGCGUACGGUUUGAGCGAGACCAGUCCCAUGACACAUACCCAGCCAUGGGACGAAUGGUAUUCUUCGGUUGGCAGUGUGGGCAAGAUGUUUCCUAACAUGACGGCGAAGUAUAUCUCCCCAGACGGCCAAGAAGUCGGGCCUGGCGAAACGGGCGAACUGUAUCUGUCUGGUCCGAACAUCUUCAAGGGAUACUGGAAGAACGAAAUGGCGACCAAAGACGCCAUGACCCCAGACGGAUAUUUCAAGACGGGUGAUGUGGGCUACCAGGAUCAAGACCACAACUUUUACAUCACCGAUCGAGUCAAGGAGCUGAUCAAAUACAAAGGCUUCCAAGUGGCUCCCGCUGAGCUUGAGGGCAAGCUGAUGGAUCAUCCGGGGAUCAAUGACGUGGCCGUGAUUGGAGUCAAUGAUGAACAACAACAUACAGAGGUGCCUCGAGCCUAUGUCGUGGCUGCGGAGGGAAAGACCACCAAGCAAGACGCAGAAGAGAUCGUAACUUGGUUCGCAGGGAAAGUGGCCAACCAUAAGAGGCUGAGAGGAGGAGUGCGUUUCAUCGACGAGAUUCCCAAGAGUGCAGCGGGCAAGAUUCUGCGACGGGUAUUGAAGGAAAAGGCGAAGCAAGAAGAUGCGCCAAAGCCUGCGAAAGCCAAGUUGUGA